GCUCUGAGAAUGAGGUGGGUCUUCACACACAGCUCCUCUACAGCUUUGGGGAAGCAGUAGAGAGCGUAGAACUGGUCUACAGGCAGAGUCCUAGAAACCUGGCAAAAUGAAGGAUCGACUUGCAGAGCUUCAGGAAUUGUCCAGGAGCUAUGACCAGCAAUUCCCAGAUGGGGACGAUGACUUUGGCGCUCCUCAGGAAGACAUUGUGUUCGAGACCGACCACAUCCUGGAGUCCUUGUACCGGGUCAUCCAGGACAUCCAGGGUGAAAACCAGCUGCUUCUAAUCGACGUGAGGCGCCUGGGGAGGCAGAAUGUCCGCUUCCUCACGUCCAUGCGGCGCCUCAGCAGCAUUAAGCGCGACACCAACUCCAUAGCCAAGGCCAUCAAGACCCGGGGCGAAGGUAUCCACCAGAAGCUGCGCUCCAUGAAGGAGCUGAGCGAGCAGGCGGAGGCCCGGCACGGGGCGCACUCGGCUGUGGCUCGCAUCUCACACGCGCAGUACAGCGCGUUGGCCCGCGCCUUCCAGCAAGCCAUGUACGAGUACAACCAGGCCGAGAUGAAACAGCGCGACAACUGCAAGAUCCGCAUCCAGCGGCAGCUGGAGAUCAUGGGCAAGGACAUGUCGGGCGAGCAGAUCGAGGACAUGUUCGAGCAGGGCAAGUGGGAUGUAUUCUCCGAGAACCUGCUGGCCGACGUGAAGGGCGCGCGGGCAGCGCUCAACGAGAUUGAGAGCCGCCACCGCGAGCUCCUGCGCCUGGAGGGUCGCAUUCGAGAAGUGCACGAGCUCUUCCUGCAGAUGGCUGUGCUGGUGGAGAAGCAGGCGGACACGCUGAACGUCAUCGAGUUCAACGUGCAGAAGACCCUCGACUACACGGGCGAGGCCAAGGCGCAGGUGCGCAAGGCGGUGCAGUACAAGAAAAAGAACCCCUGCAGGACCAUCUGCUGCUUCUGUUGCCCCUGUGUCAACUAGCAGCUGGCUUGGGUCUCCGCUGCAAGUGCCAUGUGGGGAACAUGUCCAGGAUGCCCAGCCAAAGGCAUCCUACUCUAGGCCGAGGGAGAGGGUCCCAAUGCCUUGCAGAAUUCAGAGCAUAGAGGAAGUGGGGGGUUGGGAUGCAAGAUUUGGACUGGCACCUGCUGCCUUCAAGGGAUAGAUGUAGACAGAUUUCCACUGGCGUAGUGUGAUGUCAUUAUAAAAUACAUAGCACUCAGCAUCACGGGGAGGGACUAAGGUCAUUUGCUAAGAUCUGUGUCUUGAAUUCUAAAGGAGGAAGCCAAGAGAACAGAUACUAAUAGUACCAGUACAUUAUCAAAAGUUGCCUUUGUUUAUCCUCUCUGGAAAGUUCCUUGGUGCUAUACGGGUUUUGAAUGACAUUCACUUCAGUAUUCCUUACUUCUGUUCAUUUUCGAGUAACUUUGACCUUGGGUAAAUUGGGUGCCAUUCACUUCUGAUUAUUUAUGUUGUGUAAGCACUGUGUGAACUCCUUCCCUUGGCUCGCUCCCCCUACGCAUUAACCCUCACUGGACACUGGUUCCUUAUCUCUCUCGCCUUUUAUAACGUCCACCAGUUUAUAUAUGAGUAUUUUUUAAGCACCAGAUAUUGAACAAGCCCUCAAGUUGAGGUUUGUAUUGGUCACAUUUUAUGGAUUUUUCACAGAUAACAUUUAUUUAAAAAAUUAUCUUUGUACUUCAUUUCAUAUGAAUAUGGGUGUAAUUGUAAACCAAUCUUCACUCCUGUGUGUACA